AGUCCAGACAUUCUUUCUCAGGUGAUUUCACAACAACGUGCGUUUUAAUUGGAGUGACUCUGACGACUCUCCGAUGGCGUUAACGACUGUCACGUGAAAAUCGAGGAGUGAUUGACCCACAGAAGUUCAAAUGUUUGAGAUUUAACCACAAGUCCGGUUUCCUCAUUGCUCCCAUGUUCUGUAUCCAAUAACCAACAUGACCACAGCAUCUUCAUAGAAAUAACACUCUGGUUUAGAAUCUCUACUUUUUCACAGACCUCCAGAGUAAAAAAGAGAUCUGACUGUUACUGUUCACAGAGGGCCGGACCCAGAUACAGUAUGUGCUGUGUAGAGCAGGCACAAUGUAAAGGAAAUAUAUUUGUCUCUAGAGCUGCAGCAAUCAAUCAGAUUAUCGACAGACAGCGAUUGAAUAGAAUUCAAUGAUUGUUUUCUUUCUUAACCAAAAAUGCCAACGCUUUUGCUUUUCAACUGUCAGGAUGUAUGACCUACUGAACAAGCUCCGGUGUUACAUGUUGUCAACACGAACACACACACACACACCCAUACACACACUAAGUAGCCCCUCCUCCAUACCGGUCCGGCAGGAUUGAGGCAGGUGAGAGCACGCUGAGAUCAGGUCGAGUCUUACACACGCUCUCUGCUCGGCGCAGGCACAGCUGUCCCCCUUAAACCAGGAAUGGAGGACUUAACAAUAUGGGAGCAACACACGAUAACACUAAACAAAGAUGCCAAGCUGGGGUUUGGCUUUGCCAUAUCAGGAGGCAAGGACAAGCCUCACCCAGACAAUGGGGACACAGCUGUGGUGGUGUCAGACGUGCUGCCAAACGGACCAGCCAUGGGGCGACUGUUCAACAAAGACCAAAUUGUCAUGGUGAAUGGAACGUCUAUGGACAAUGUGCACUCUAACUUCACCAUUCAGGUCCUGAAAUCAUGUGGCAAGACUGCAAAUAUAACAGUGAAACGUCCUCGCACGAUCCAGAUCCCAGCCACCACCAGGCCGUCUCGGGCCGCCUCUCACUCCAACCUGCUGGACCAGGACCCUCCCAGACGACAACGACGCUACUCUGACGGCAGCGACAACCGAGACGGCAAUCGCUACCGAGCGCGCAGCUCUACGCCCGACCGAAACGGGCACAGAGACACGCUGCCGUUAAUGUCGUCGGGUUACAAGAGGCUGCCGCAGCAGAACGUCGCAGACAAACCCAUCAGAACUACUCUGGUUAAAAAGAAAACCACAGAUGAGUAUGGACUGAAGCUGGGCAGUCAGAUCUUUAUCAAACACAUGACAGAAACAGGCCUGGCUGCAAGGGAAGGCACGCUGCAGGAGGGAGACCUCAUCCUAAAGAUCAAUGGCAUGACGACCGAGAAUCUGUCCCUGCUGGAGACCAAGCACCUGGUGGAGAAGAGCAGGGGCAAACUGACCAUGACGGUCCUCAGGGACGACCGCAAGUUCCUGGUCAGCAUCCCCGAGGUGGAGGACAGCGCCCCCAACAGUGAGGACGACCGCCACCAAGACAGCAGCUCCGAACUCGAGGACAUUUCAGACAUCGACGCAGACAUCCCCACUCACAGAACAUCCCGUCAACCCACCAGAGAGAAACGGACACGCAGAACGAGAGCUGAACCUCCUCCGUCCAAGUCUCGUGAUUCAUCGCCUUUGCGCUCCACCUUGACUCGGCCUCCUGCAAGAACCUAUGCCUCUCACAGAGCUCCAUCUGAGUCGGAGUCUGAUCACAGCCCCUCGCCUCCUCCUGUCAGGAGAGACAGAGACAGGAACAGUCCAGAUCAGCCCGCCAGAUACAAAGCUCUCUCCGGUGUGUCCACCCUCCCCAACCCGCGGUCCUCUCCUGUAGCCCACAACUGGACCGCCUCUCGCCCUUCCUCCUCCGCCUCACGGCCCCGCAGGCCGGUGUCGGAGUCGGACUCUGACCGCAGCGCUUCCCCUCCUCCGGUCAGAGAGAGCUCGCGCCUGGACAGCAGAUACAAAGUUCUCCCUGAUCUGCCCCUCCCUGGCCUGAGAUCCUCCCCCAUUAAUGUUCGCCAGGAGCCACCAAGGAGGGUCAACUCGCCCGUCAAAGUCCCGCCCCCAGACUCUGAGUCCGACUCUGAGUACGGCAGCUCGGCGCCUCCCCAGAGGCAGAGCACCUCAUACAGUCAAGACUCCCUCAGCAGAUACAGAGCCCUGACAGAUGUUGUCCUGCAGCCCCAAGUGGAGCCGCCACGAUGGAGCGCUGCCAGUGCCACUGCCAGCAAUCCACCACAGAAAGCUCAUUCAGACUCUGAGUCAGAGGCCAGUUACGCAUCUGUCCCUCGCAGGGAGUCCACAGGCAGCGGAAAGUCCAACACAGUCAACAACAGAUACAGAGUCCUUCCUGAGACGAGGUCAACUUCAAUGAAGCAGGAGCCUCCUCCUCGUGUCUCAUCACCCACCAGACCGCCACCUGACGAUUCCUCAGAGUCAGACCAGCUUUCACACCUCAGGAGGUCUGGGAGCUCUGAGCGGGGGGAAAGCCACCGCAGCGUUCCACUUGCUGCUAAUGGAACUGGCACACUGAGGUCUGGGAUUUCAGUGAAGAGCAACCCACCUCUCUACUCCAAGCCUGCAGAAGAGCCCAUCUACUCCUUACCGCCAGAUUCUUACCCUUCACCUAAUCCAGGGUACAGCUCAGACGUGCACACGGUGUCGUUUGUGAAGGACGGCAGCGUAGGCCUGAGGCUUGUGGGGGGCAACGAUGUCGGCAUCUUUGUAGGUGGAGUUCAGCCAAACAGCCCCGCGUAUAACCAGGGAAUGAAAGAGGGAGACCAGAUCAUGCAGGUAAAUAAAGUUGAUUUUGGCCAUUUAACUCGUGAAGAGGCAGCCAACUUCCUGCUGAAUAUCAAGACAGGAGAACAAGUGGAAAUUUGCACUCAGAACAAGAUGGACAUUUAUAAGAAGAUCAUCAAGUCCAACCUCGCAGACAACUUCUACGUCCGCACCCACUUCGACCACGAAGCAGAAGGCCCCAUUGGUCUGAGCUUCACCAGAGGAGAGGUGUUCAGGGUGGUGGACACAAUGCAUCGUGGGAAGCUGGGCAACUGGUUGGCCGUCCGUAUGGGGAACGACCUGCACGAGAUGGAUAAAGGCACCAUCCCCAACCUGGCCAGGGCUGAGACGAUGGCCACCAUGGAGCGGGCACAGCGGGCGGGUGGAGAGAGGCAGGUGUCAGGACCGAGAGCUGAGUUCUGGAAACUACGGGGUCUCAGAGGGAACAAAAAGAAUGAAAAGAACAUCCGGCGGUCUCGAGACGACCUGCUGCAGCUCACCAUUCAGGGCAAAUUCCCGGCCUACGAGAGAGUCCUGCUCAGAGAAGCUAAUUUCAAACGCCCCAUUGUCAUUCUGGGUCCUCUUAAUGAUAUUGCCAUGGAGAAGCUGGCCAGAGAGAUGCCUGAUGAAUAUGAGGUGGCAGAAAUGGUUCCUCGCAGUGGAGGAGACAGCAGCUCCACCGUUGUUAAACUGGACACUGUGAGGAGAAUAGCAGAGAAGGACAAACACCCUCUGCUGGACAUCACUCCCACUGCAGUGGAGAGACUCAACUACAUCCAGUACCACCCCAUGGUGCUGUUCUUGGACCCUCACAGUCGCAAAGACGUCAAGGCCAUGAGGCAGAACUACAGCCCCAACUCCAACAAGAGCUCCAGACGCCUUUACUCACAGGCCCUCAAGCUGAGGAAGCACUGCAGCCACAUGUUUUCAGCAAUUAUCGACCUGCAGCCCAACUCCAAUGUUUGGUAUGAGAGUCUGAAGUCCAAGAUCCAGCACCAGCAGUCCAAACCUGUCUGGGUGUCUGAAGUCACGUUGGAGAGUGGUGGAGAGCAGGACCUGGAUGCUCUGGACCAAACCCAGUCAGACUACCUCAGUGCUGCUAGUGACCUGGAGGACACUGACGGAGAGGCCUUCACAGACGGAGAGGCCUACACCGACAACGAGGAACUUGAAGAGGCUUAUCCCGGUCAGGAGGCAGCCAGGGUCCCACGAGGUGCCAGGGUAGCUGGAGCCGCUCUAGCCCGAUCGUCUGAACCAGCCUCUGGGCACCACAGCCCCACCUUGGACCCCGAGCCUCACGCUGACUCGUACUCGCUCAGAGAAGUCCCUCCUUUGAUGCACGUACCUGAGCCCAGGUCCAGCCGCCGGGGGAAUUACAGCCCACCUCACAGCGCCCCUGAGGAGGAAGACCCCUCUCAUCGCAGUUUUACAGACUCAGACUUCAGCGCUCUUGAUGCAAUUGCACCCACCACUCCAUCAGACGGGCCUCCGGAUUUUAUAGCCCCUGACCCCUCCACCCGGCACUCUGUGAAUGAGCCCUUAUACGCUGAGGUGCAGCGCGAGAGCCCACAACAUGCCAGUCUGUCAGCCAUUGAAGAGAAAUUACAGCAGACUCGCUCGGCAGAACCACAGGCACAAGCAGAGGAAAAGAAAGGCCCUCAGUACAUCGUGCUAGCACAUCAUCACCAAGCAGUCCAGUAUAGACGAACGCAGAUCCGAGGCAGCAACAGCUCAGAGGAUGAGGAGGAUGAGGACGAUGACAUUGAAUGGGGUCCUGCAACAGAACUCUAGACAAAUCAACAGACAUAGAAACAAUUUCACUCCCCCAAGAAGCCCUUAUUCUGCAGUUUUAUCUUAGGAUAUUUUGCUCAGCCUACUCCAAGGUCCCUGUUCAGGUGGGGGAUUGUAGAAACUACUGUGUUCAAGAUUACCACAACCUUUUACUAAGAGUUUUAAGAUCCGAAAAAAGGUUCUCGGAUGAAUGCUGAGAUCAAAGUGCCUGAUUUCUUUUCAGAUUUUUAUUUAAAUAACCCAAUGUGAAACAAAUCAGUUUGCCCUUUGUUAUUGAUAUUGUAUGUAACAUGUUCUAAUUAUAUUAGCAACUAAAUGAGUAUCUUUCUAUGGACAUAUGCCAGGACAUUUAUGAAAUAUUUGAAAGCCACUUUAACUUUUUCUACAUUAAAGUCUUUUUCUGAUUUUAAACAUGAGUUUGUUCAGUCACAAAAAAUAGCAAAAGCCUUUAAAACUGCUGAUCACUCAAAGGAGAUAAUAAUGCCACUGAUGCGAAGAUGUUUUGUGACGCAGACUGUGGUAAUAACGACAAUGUUGUGUGUAAAUUUACAUGAACUUAACUGUGAGACUUGUUCCUGAACAAUUGAGUACAGUGACCUUACCUUGAUGAAUCUCUAAAGCACAAUAUAAACUCAUAUGUAAGGUAUUUUCACAUCACCUUAAGACCUUGUCUUGCACAAGAGCCUGUGCCAAAAUCUAGUUUUAAUAACUUUGAUAAGUGCGUUAAAUAAACGCGUGUGCAGUCAAAUUAUCACGAACUGCGACUGCGAUGAUGGGCCCUCAGCUCAUGGUUGCCCAGGGGCUUCCUAGCAGUUAGUCCACACUUCACUACUAUCAAACAGUCAUCUUUUUAUGUUCAGUCCAUCUCUGGAGGGGCAGAGGAGCCAGAUAAAAGUUUAACUAUGAAGUUUAAAUUCGUCUUUUAAAUCAGUUUAAAAGUUUUAAAGUUUCUCCAUACAUUUAUGUGUUUUAUUUUUCUAAUAUUCAUUCAUUGUGUUAUUAUUAUUAUUAUUUUAAUAUUACUUUUUAAAAACUGGUCAUUUCAAAGAGGGUGUGCCUUGUGCCUCAUAAAUAAGGAAAAAAUUGUUCAGAGCUAUAAAUUCAGAGUUAUUUGAAUGUUUAGGUAUUCAGUCGUGACUAAAGUUGCAUAUUAGAUACAAAUGUCUUUGUUU